AUGGAACAAAUUCAAACAGAGAUAGCAGAGAUCAGGGCUCAGAUGGGGACUAAUAUAAGUCAAUUUAGGGAAGCUAUUCAAACCAUCACCCAUGGACAAGAAGAGCUAAGGCAGCCUGUUCAGAGGCCAGAUGUUACUGUUGAUCCAAGUGACGUUCAUCGAAAAGGUGUCAAUCUUAGCCAAGAGGUUCCUUUGAAUCAGAAUGUCAGAAACACUAUUCAAAUUCCUGUCAACAAUGCUAUGCACCUUGAGAAUCUUUCUGUUUCAUCUUAUGAUACCUUUAAGUUCCCGAUGGAUGAAGAUGAGGGUAAGUUUCGUCUUUUGGAUGAGAGAUUGAAAGCUAUUGAGGGUCGUGAUUCCCUUGGUUUAGAUGCUGCUAGUUUAUGCCUAGUGCCUGGUAUCAAGAUUCCUCUUAAGUUCAAAGUCCCCAACUUUGAGAAGUACAAGGGUAUCACUUGUCCGAUGACACACAUCAAGGCAUUUUGCAACAAGAUGGCUCCUUAUGCAGAAAAUGACAAGCUUCUAAUACACUUAUUUCAGGAGAGUCUAAGUGGAGCGUCUCUUGAAUGGUAUACCCAACUUGAAAGGACCAACAUCCGUACUUGGAAAGAUCUAGCCAAAGCCUUUUUUAAGCAUUACAAGCAUAAUAGUGAUAUGGCUCCUACCAUAAUUCAACUUCAGGACAUGUUCAUGGGCACUUUACGAGACCCCUAUCUGAAUCGGAUGGUGGGAUGUGUCGCUUCUGAAUUCUCAGCUUUGGUUGUCACAGGAGAAAGAAUUGAGCAUGGUCUUAAGACUGGUAAGAUUCAGGAUGUUGCUACUACUUUUGAAUUCCAAGAGCAGGAUGAUGAAGAAACAAGUACAAUUUCCGAAGUUGAAGAGGAAGAUCAUGCUUAUUCUCCAGUUCAGAUCCCUUGUUAUCAGAUGGCAGAAGUUACACCUAAUCAGGAUGCUCCACAAAUCUGUGCUGCAACUAUUAGUCAGCCACCAAUUCAGUUUGUUCAACAAAAGCCAUAUCAAUCAAUUAAGUAUGCUCCUCUACAGCAAAACUAUCAACAUAAUCAUCGUCAACAGGGUAGGCAAAGGUACAGGAAGCCAAAGAGAGUGUUUGACAUGAUUCCUAUGCCUUAUAGUCAAUUGUUAUCUCAGUUGCUCGAGCUUUCGUUAGUGGAAACCAAGCAGUUGGAUCCUGUUAUUCCUCCUUAUCCGGUAAAAUUUGAUCCCAACAUCAGAUGUGGUUACCAUGCUGGGGCACCUGGUCACUCAAUUGAAGACUGUAAGCCAUUCAGAGAUAAGGUACAAGACCUGCUUGACUCGAAGGCUAUUGUUUUCACACCAAACGGUCAGAAUUGA